AUGGUAAAAAAGAAUUCAUUUUUUGAUAAAGAUACAGCACAAACAAUUAAAAAUGUUAAAGAUUCAAUGAUACCACCAAAUUUAGAGAAUGAAAAUUUAAUGCAUAAUACACAUAUUCCAAAAUAUUUAAAGGAUAAAAUCGAUAAGAAUCAAAAGAUAUAUCAAGAGAAUCAAAAAAUAAAUGCAGAAAAUGCAAAACUCGGUGGACCUGGUGGUCCAAAACAUUUAUGGUCAAAUGAUCCAAACUCAUUUAAACCUUAUGAAAGUUUUUCAGAUUAUUUUAAUACAAGUAAUAAGAAUUUCGAAAGUAAAGGAGGUAAUAAUCCAAAUAAACCUGUAAAUUUAAAUGUACCUGAAAUGUAUAAAGGUUUUGUUAGAUUUAAUUCAUAUGCAUGGGGUAUUGCUGCGACAAUUGGAAUCAUAGGUUAUUUAGGUUUUAAAUUUGUAAACAAAGCUCAUGAUUUAACUUCUUCAACUCAAAAACAAAAACAAACAGAAUAG